AUGACUGACCGUCUUGACGCGGAUAUACCGUACGUGUACGGCGGCUAUUGGAUAAGACCCGAGGAUGCCAAAAAUUUUGGCCUUGCGCCAGUCGACCUACCGUAUGAUCCAGUAAUCGUGUUGAGAAACAAAUCGAAGACGGUAUUUUGGCUCGUUUCCAACUGCUCAACGGUUUCGAAACGUGAGCUUGCCGUUAAAAAGUUGAGCAGGUUAGUGCUUGUAGCUAGCUAG